AUUAAUAAUGUUUGGAAAUGUGAAUGGCGCAAAUAAUGCGCAAACAUAAUAAUAAGGCAAUCCAGCUGCUUCAAUUUUUAACAAUCCUGCACCUUCAAACAACUUAUUUGGUCAGCCUCAAAAUCCUUUAGGGUAAUAACAACAAUAAGGAAUUCUGGGAUAACCAUAAUAGUCGAGUAUAUUUGGUAAUAGCACUUAGACCACUGCUACAUUUGGAUAGCCUUAAUAAUAAUAACCUAAUGUAUUAUUAGGACAGCAACAAUAAACUCCUUUGGCAGGAUAGCAACAGCCAACUUCAUUAUUAGGACAACCAUAAUAAUAAGCAACAUAAUUAGGACAGACCUAGCAAACCAAUAUGUUUGGUUAACCUUAAUCAUAAUAACCAUUAGCCUAAGGACAAUAGACAACAAUAACAUAACCUACUGCUUAGCAAUAGCCGGCUUAGCCUAAAAACUAUACAUUAAAUUAAAUCAAUCAACAAACUAAAUUACACAUAGAAAAUUUGACCAAAGCAAUAGCAAACAAAGAAAAGAUUGAUAAAAAUUAAAAAAAUUUACAGCUUAUAGAAAAAAACUCAUUAAAAAAUAUUUAACAAUAAUAACAACAAUAACUCACUAUUGGAGGCAAUCCAAAUCCAUAAUAACAAGCAUAGAGAACUCUAGUGAAGGGAGAUAGAAGAAAUCACACUUAAAAAGUUGAAAACUAUUAUAAUGAAUGGAAUAAAGUUUUUCUGAAUAUCAGCAAAAAGUAAGACGAAACACUUGCUUAGUUAGCUGCUCUAGUUGAUCAACUCACUUAAUAGGAUACUUCUUUUGGUAUUAUUGCUAUUAAUAUAUUUAUAGAUAUAGAUGAAGAAUCACUCAUUGAUUCCAUUAAAUAAUUUGGCAAGGACUUGGAUGUUUUGGAACGUAAAAUCAAUUACGUAGUUAAGAUAUAGGAAAAAAUACUAGGACUUGAAAAAGAGGAAUCUGAAUGGGAUUAAAUUGUCAAUAAUUUAAGUGAAUGUUUGUUAUACUUGGAUUAAUAAACUGUAUAUAUUUAUCAUAAUUCUUAGAAAGAUGUCGAGGACUUAUUGUAACAAGCAGAAAAGCAUCCCAAGGUGCAAAAUAAAUGA